AUGACAAGUAACAAUAUAGAACCUUAUCCUGGUUAUUCAGGUAAAUUCACAACAUGGUCAUAUGCUGAAUUUUUGGCUACUCAACGAAAUAAGAUACUUAUGUUGCCGCCUUUUUUGAAUGAAUGGUUUCAUCUUGAUGGACGUUGGGUUAAUCGAUUUCUUGUUGAAGCAAGAAAUUUGGAUCCAGAUAAUUUUAACAAUAUAGUAAGAUCUGAACGUGCAAAUAAAACCUUUCAGAUUUAUUGGGAAGGAAUUAUUUAUGAACGGAAAGAGAUGCAAACAAAUAGAAUACAUCUUUCGACAAGCAUGGAUUUUUUAGGUAUUGCUUGCAAUCAAAAUUUUCAACAAAUAACCUCUAGAGGUUAUUUAAAAACUUUUCCUGAAACAAGUGAAUCCGGAGCAACCUCAUUACAAAAUAAUCAUGUACAUUCUUAUAUUAUAUGUGAUCAUGACGAAAAAGUAAAAGCACUGUUCAGUGAAGAUGAUUGGACAGAACUUACUAAAAAACCUUUAUUACCAUCUGUCGAAUAUGAAGUUGGAAAAGAACUGGCUAAAUAUAUGAAGGAAAAUCUUAUAGAACUUCGCCAAGAAGUUAUGUGUAAUUUUCUAAAAGAAGGUGAAGUUUACGAUCCAAAAGAGCAUUAUAUAAAAGAAUGGAUUCAACUUACUUUAAGACAUUUAUGCAACCUUUAUGAAAAUCUUUCUUUCCCUUUGUGCCGAGAACAAUAUGAAGACUGGUUUACAGUUAAUCUAUUUGGAAUUUGUUUUGAUUUUUUGAUGAGACAUCCAAGAAUGUCAACAGAUAUAAAAAGGACAGAUGCUCUAUCGACUGCCUCAGCAAAUAGAAAAAAUCGUGCUAGACAAUUUAAACAAAGAAAAUUGACCGGUAGAAAAAUUGAUGGAAUUAUUCAUCAUCCAACUUACAAUUUAGAGUUAGCUGCAAUAGAAGCCGCAAAGUCUUUUGUUAACUAUGGUGAUAAGAAAUAUCUUACAGAAUAUUUUAAAAUGCCUAAGACUUUGAAAGAUAUUUUGGUUGAUAUGAUUAGAACAAGACAAUGCGCUAAUGAAAAAGUGAAUCAACUGGUAGCUAUUGGCAUUCUACAUUUUCGGUAUAACAUUCAGUUUGCACGAUUGUGGAAAGCUGGAGGAUCUGUAUGUAUCUUUUCUAGAGAUGAUGUUUACAGUAUCUCAGACCAUUUUUCUCGAGCAGGCAUUUUGGAUUUUCUUAAAUUUUUAAAAGCAAUUGUGCGAAGCCAGAUUACAAUCGAAAACAAUUUAAAAAUACUUGGACUAAUUGAACCGAAGACUUCAGAAAAAGAGGAUUUUGAGGAAAAGGAUCUUAUCUCGGAAAUAUUGAAUGAUGGUCAGGAUGUUCGGCGAACAACUCUCAAAGAUAUCAUUAAAGCGGAUUGCUUUCCAACACCAAAUAAAAGAAAAAGCGAAUCAAUUAAAACAAAAAACGGAUCAAGUAAAACAAAAAGGAUGGAAAAUAAAAGGAGAAUAACAUAA